AUGUAUCUCGCGAGAAAAGACUUUCCUGUACAACCCAGUACGUGGCCUGACAGCUGUGGACUGAGAGUGUUUACUGGGAUACACUUGUUCGCAAAUAGAGACAGUGUGUAUGUAACGAGAGCAUCUGAACGUCUAAUAAAUGUUCUGAAUCCCUAACAUGUCUUUGAAUUCUGGCACAGAACGUUAACUGUACCGGCUAGGGCUUGCUACCGACGUUUCCCCGCCGUGCAGCAGCAGUAGGGGCCGCUGCUCAAGAAAGCUCCCCCUGCUGAUCGUGCUGCCUGUCCGUCUGAUAUGGCGGACAGCGGGUCGCCGGUGGAAUUCCCCGGCUCUCUGACGAGCUCAACUCUUCCUCCACCGAGAACUCGCAUCUUCAAAAUCAUAGUCAUCGGGGACUCGGGGGUCGGUAAGACGUGCCUCACCUAUCGCUUUUGUGCCGGGAAAUUCCCCGAGAAGACCGAGGCCACGAUCGGGGUGGACUUCAGGGAGAGGCUGGUCGAGAUUGAUGGCGAGAAAAUCAAGAUCCAACUGUGGGACACUGCAGGCCAGGAGCGCUUCAGGAAGUCCAUGGUACAGCACUACUACCGCAAUGUGCACGCUGUUGUCUUUGUCUAUGAUGUUACCAAUGCCGCCAGCUUCCACAGCCUCCCCGCCUGGAUUGAGGAGUGCAAGCAGCACGCUCUGGGCACAGAGGUACCCAGGAUCCUAGUUGGAAACAAGUGUGACCUCCAAGACUCCAUCCAAGUGGGCACGGAUGUUGCGCAACAGUUUGCAGACGCCCACUCCAUGCCUCUGUUUGAGACGUCUGCAAAAAGCCCAAACAACCAAGGAGAUGAAACCUUUGGUGGUGGAAACAAUGACCAUGUUGAGGCUAUUUUUAUGACGGUUGCCCACAAGCUGAAGUCUCAGAAGCCUCUAGUGUUGAGCCAGCCGCCCGGGGGAUCGGUGGGUACCAUCAACCUGAGCAGGGGGAUGAAUGAUGGGGGUGAUAGGGCUAGGAGCUGGGGCUGCAGCAGCUGCUGAAGGAGGAAAAUGAAGGAGAGAGAGGCAACUUUAGCUCCAGGCUGUACAAAGCCAAUGAGAUUGAGGAUGGAGGGAGCCGAGGAAAGAGUGGAGGUCUAGAAAAUAGAUUGGAUUGAUCAAGAUGUCUUCACAAUCAGAACAACACAUAAAUGAAUGUCUUCAUUUGAAGUUGUUACAUUUUUCCAGUGCUUGUGCUUGAUUUUACAGAUGACUUUAAAUGGUUUUGGGCAGUAUUCACAAUGUGAUUGUUGUUUUGAAAUGCAAAAAUCUACUGAAGGUUCAUGGAAAUGAUCUUGAACAAGUAGCCAAAAUCUGAUCUGAUCCUGAGUCAGUUCUCCUCAGAUAAUAAGUCCCGAUCCUGUGCCACUGAAGUUUCAAAUCAAUUAUCUCCAGGUGUUCUGUGGCAGCAGAAAACAUGGUAACACUCUGGCAUUUGUCAUUCAUCUCAUGUAAUGCAGCAACUAUGAAGAGCAGCUAAUCAGCAUUACUGGUCAGGAUACAAACAGCUUUACUGCUGUAUGACCUGAUUCAUGCAGACAAAAAUAACAACACAUUAUAACAAAAUACAAUCCGUGACAUCUUUUUUAGGUCAUAAUCUGUGUCAACGUAGUACUGACUGCAUUACAUGGAAAGGUGUUUGUGUUAUUUUGCCCAGCCCUACUUUUUUGUCUUGUUUUGUCUUGUUGAAUUGUCACAUCAUACUCUAUAGGUGGUUGGAGUCAAUUUGGUUUUAAUUCAGCCAUUUCAAUAAAGGUGCCCUGUUGAGUUUUCUUUUAAACAAACACUACUGUAUGUUUACAUUCAGUGAUUCUCACCAAAAAAAAUUAAGUCUGUUAGUGAAUUCUAACAAACAUACUGACUGCAGUUCCUUCUCCAAAAACGUUUGCAUCAUGCAAUAUUGUAAAUAUUUUGAAACCUGCAUUGUAAUACUUGUUUGAUGGCUAGUAGCCUUCCCUGUCUUUGCUAACACACUGCUAAAUUUCUUAGCAAUAACACCAUCAACGGUCAAUAACUGUAAGAGUGUUGAAAUUACUUAAAAGAACCUGUAUUGUGUUACCAGUUUGAAGAUGUAAACCCAACGGGGACCUGCUCAUAGAAACAUUGCUCCAUAGUGGCCACCACUAUUGGUCCAAAACUCCACAGGGUGCCUUUAAGUGUGGCUGCUUUAAAUCCAAAGAUUGUAAACCUUGCUUGGUCUGUUUGUAACAGAUGUAAACAAAGCUCAGUGAAAUCUUGCAGUUCAUUGAAACUGGGAAAUUCACUGAAGUGAUCACAUCGACAUUUUUCAAAAUCACUUAAAGAGAAUCCUCAAUUUUUCCUUUUUUUGAUAUAUACUCUAAUUGUAAGUGCAGUUAUAAACUUCUUAUUGCUUGUCACAAGUUGAGGUUUUGGACAAGUCUGGGCUUGUCCAUGCAACGUUGGGCAAGUAGAAGGGUUGAUCUGGAAAUGUCAGACAUGGUGGGCUGAGUGAGUUAUGGAUAGACAGAGAAUGGUCUCAUCGGGGGCUGCUGAGCCCUCUUUAACGCCCCUUAUUAUUUUGUAGGUGUAUUACAUGACCCUAUUGCUUAAGGUCAUAAAACGAGAUUUUGAAACAGCACCUACCUUAAAGCCCUUAUCAUGUUAGUGGACAUAUUCUUCUAGUACUUAAUAUUUCAUAUUAAUCAAAUUACCACAAACCAAUUCCCUAACAGUGAACCGGGGGCAUUUGGGGCCCCUGGCUCAAUUGCUUGUUUUUGCCAUGGUUGGUAAAUCCAGGCUUGAGUCAGAGUGAUUCUGCUGGAGACAUGUUUCAUUUGAUUUGGUUGGUCCAGUCAUGUCAAGCCAUGUAAUUAUUGUGAAGUGGACCAGGGUAGGUCGAAAUCUGAGAAAUAAAAAUUCACUUUUUACAGUC